CAUUUUAGGGUGAGAUAUGAGACAAAUAUCUCACCUGCAAAUCAGCAGUCAUUCAUUUGCAAAACGAAACGAGAUUGCUCCUUAAAUUCAUCACCCAGCCAGCAGUGCGCGACUGUCGUAUCUAGAAAAACGCCACAACCAAAUACUAUCUAGACCGAACAUAAUGGCAUCCGCUGUUUCGAAAACUCCGAUGCUCCGUGCUGCUGCGGCUCGUGGAUUCGCUGCCCAAGCACAGGCUGCCGCUGCAAGCCGUGGAUCGUCCGAAGUCCAGUGCACCAACCUGCCGAACAAGUUGACGGUUGCUUCGGCCGAAUCCGGUGCUGCCGUCGCUCGGGUUUCUAUUGUUUAUCGUGCUGGGUCCCGUCAGGAAACGGCCGAUAAUUUGGGUGCUUCCCAUGUUUUACGCGCGGCUGCUGGUCUGUCCACGAAAACGGCCACAACAUUUGCUAUUACUCGCAACUUGCAACAGAUUGGAGGUUCAUUGACCGCUACUUCCGAUCGUGAGCUGAUUACAUACACUGUGGCUGUAACCAAGGAUGAACUGGAGACGGGCUUGAAGUUUUUGGAGGCCGCCGCUACAGGUCAGAUAUUCAAGCCUUGGGAAUUGGCUGAUUUGACAACAUUGAUCAAGGCGGACAUUGCCCGAGUUCCGGUUGAGGUACAAGCUGUUGAAUCGUUGCACAAGGCAGCUUUCCAUAGCGGACUUGGAAACUCGGUCUACUGUCCAAGCUACAACGCCGGCAAGCAUUCGUCGGAAACACUUCAACAUUUUUUGUCUGCCAAUAGUACUACAGGUCGCGCCGCUGUCGCUGGGGUUGGUGUUGACCACCAGCUUUUGGUUGGUUUCGCCCAGAGCCUGAACCUUGAAACUGGUGGCGUCUCUGAGAGCAAGGUUGACAGCUUCAACAGCAGCGAAAUUCGUCACGAGCGCGGAGGAAAUCAAGCUGCGGUGGCCAUUGCCACUCAUGCUGUCGGAUGGAACAGCUUGAAUGAAUGCCUUGCAAAUAUUGUCCUACAGUUUGCUGCUGGAACUGGACCAGUUGCUAAGCGAGGUGCAAACAAUGGUAUUCUGACCAAGCAGAUCGGAAACUCCGUUGAAAGCGCUACAUUGUAUUCCAACUAUAGCGAUAACGGUCUGUUUGGAUUUGUUGUGUCUGGAAAGGCCAAGGAGGUCGGUAAAGCAGUCGAAGCCGGAAUCAAAGGGCUGCGAUCGUUGAACGUCACCGAUGCCGAUGUUGCCCGUGGAAAGGCCGGUGCCGUUGGUUGGCUGGCUGAAUACUUGGAAAACCAAGGUACACUGGCUUUUGAUUUGGGCGAACAGGCUGCUCUUAUCGGCAAGAUUUACAAGAAGGCCGAAAUCCUGGCUGCCAUUGAUUCUGUUUCGACCAGCGAUGUGCAAACGGCUGCUCGGAAACUCGCUUCCGGAAAGUUAGCUAGUGGCGCUGUCGGUAACUUGAGCAACGUGCCGUAUCUUUGCAGUUUGAAUUAAGCGCUUUGCAAAAGCGAAACGGUGCGCAGAAUAGGUCUGUAGCGUGUAUCAUUAUUAUUCGUAAAUUAAAUAAAAUUAAAUUGAAACUUAAA